AUGAGUUCUCCUACAAGCGGAAAAUCCUGGAUCUGGCAUCCUGAUUGGAUGGAAAGCAACGAAGUCUCAGCUGGUGCCUUUGUUCACUUUCGCAAGUCUAUUACGCUUCACGAGCGUCCUACCAGUCCUAUCUACAUCCAAAUCUCAGCGGAUACAAGAUAUAAGCUCUAUAUCAACGAUUGUCUUGUCUCCUCCGGUCCUGUAAAGGGGGACCAGCACAUGUGGUUCUAUGAUGAACUAGACAUCGAACCAUAUCUGAGACUAGGCUGCAACUAUUUCAGCAUUCGGGUGCUGCGAUUCUAUUAUGCUUCACAAUAUGCCACAAGCUUUCCUCGUCUACCUUACGCUGGCUUAUUCAUCUGCAAUGUGGGCGACCAUAGUCGAUUGGGUAUCAAUUUACAGAGCGAUGCGACCUGGGAAACCGCUAUUGACACGUCAACAAUUUUGCCAGUGAACAAUGCCGAGGAUGAAUUCUUACACAUUUUCGAGACAGUAGACAAGAGAAAUGACUUGAAGUUGAUGUGGGUGCCCGCCAGGGUGCUUAAAUUUCCCUCCUCACAUGGUCUAUCGACGCCUUGGAAGCUCACCCAACGGAUGAUAGAUACGCUUGACAGGAAGCCGUCAUACUUUGAAGAAUUGCAUAACAUUUCCAGUAAAGUAUGCAAAGAACACUGGCAAAGAAUACUUCUACGUCAGGGGAACGUGGAACACGAUGCCAUUCUACGCUUGCCAGCCGGUACCGUACAUCACGUCGAGCUUGGAUGCAAGAACCACCUGACUGCUUCGCUCACCUUUCGAUUCUCAAGACCAACAUCCGGCGGAAGUAAGAUUCGAAUUACAUACUCUGAGUGCUACGAGGACACGCCAGAGUAUGUUCCGUACCUGCGUUGCAAAAGCAACCGAAGAGACAUAACCAAGAAACUUAUUGGUCCCGCGGACGAGUAUAUCUUCGGUGGGAUGAGCAGCGCAUCCGCAUCCCUCCAUUAUCACAAGAACGAGAAAGAACAAGAGCACUUUUCGCCCUUCCACUUCCGAACCUUACGAUACAUUGCCUUGGACAUUCACGUCGACCCAUCAUCCGAUUUAAUCAUGCAUGGAAUCGACCUGGUUGAAACCCACUACCCUCUUCAAGUACUUGCGCAAUUCAACGUUGGCGAUAAUGGGCAGGCGACAUUAUACCAUGAACUAUUUGAAACAAGUGUUCGCACGCUCAGGAAUUGCAUGCACGACUGCUAUGAAGACUGUCCAUUUUAUGAGCAGCUGCAGUACGCGAUGGACGUCCGCAGCUCGGCAAUUUUUACCUACUGCAUCUCUGGUGAUGACAAGCUCGCCCGUCAAGCUAUCAUUCAACUUCACAACUCUUUCUCCCCGAGUAUAGGGCUAACUGCUAGCCGAGCACCGUCUCAUCAGACACAGAUCAUCCCCCAUUUUUCACUAUUUUGGAUAUGCAUGGUUGUUGAUCACUUCCUGUACUUCAAUGAUGUGGAAUUUUCGCGCCAAUUCUUACCCGUCUGCUGCGCUAUCUUCGAGACAUUCGCUCGUCGUAUCGACCCAGCGCUUGGUCUCAUUCGCACUUCUGACCCAGAGGUCCCACAAUGGGAUUUCGUAGACUGGACUGAGUCAUGGAGACCCAUGGGAAUACCCCCCGCAGCCCUCCAUACCGGCUAUCAGACGUAUACUAAUUCGUUGUAUGCAUACAGCUUGAAGCUUUUUGCAACCCUGUUGAAAGCAAUGGGGCAGAAUGGCACUGCUGAGUCUUACCAAACUCGCGCAGGAUCUACAGUGAUGGCGAUUAAAAAGUACUGCUUCAACGGCCAAUACUUUACCGACGGGCUGGCUGCCAUAAAAGGGAGCUACAACGAUCUGAGCCAGACGAAUCAAGUCUGGGCAGUUCUAUGCGGUGCAACAUCUGGUACCCAGGGCCGGCAGAUCUUACAUGAUUGCCUUACUUCAGAAAAAUUUGCACCAGCGUCUACAGCUAUGUCAUUCUACGUCCUGCGUGCAAUGUCAAUGGUUGGUGGGAGAGUUUACAAUCAGCAUUUUCAUUCCUUCUGGGAGCCAUGGAGAAAGCAGUUAUCGCUUGGCAUGACUACCUGGUUGGAAGAUACCGUCUCACAGCGCUCGGAUUGCCACGCAUGGGGUAGUGCACCAUUAUACGAAUUCCUUGCUGAAGUUGCCGGCGUUCGACCGAGACUUCCAGGGUGGCAGGCUGUCACCUUUCAGCCGCGGGUCAGUCUUUUUUCCCAAUUGGAUGCCAUGAUACCGCUUUGCACCAAAGAUGGAGCAACGGUUGCGCAUGUUCGAUGGGUCAAAGAUGGAGAUCUUGUCAGGUUAUCUUUCUUCCUGAAGACCAUGGGCUCAGCUAAGUCCAGCACUAUCCAUUUGCAUGUUGUGCUUCCGGAUGGACAGAGGCAGAUUUCAGACGUGUCGACGGGCGAGUUGCUUGAAUUUUCGGUAUCGCAGAGAAAAAUGCAGGAUAUAGAGACUCUCUGGGUCUCAGGGAGCAAUGAUGUCGUGGAAGAGGGAAGGAAUGGACACUCCUUUGUCUCCUAGGUCAUCAAAAACCCUCUCCCCAUGGCUACGUGCCGACGAUGUGAUUUGACCGGUAUGAAUUAAAUUGUUCUCAGGAGGGAAGACAAUGGAAUACGUAGUCAUUCUCGAAGGCGUGUGGCAAACCCUCGCUCCACAGCUCAAGUCAAUCACAGUAGCAGGCUGCAUAUUGGCCAUUCUCUUACGCGAGGGCUUAGACGUGGAGGUUAAUCUUGCCGUAAUAUCAAUUGAGCACACAGUUCACUAUGAAUGCGAUAACAAAAU